UUCGGUGACCGACAAUCUUCUAAGAAUCAAGCAAGUUUUUUUCAAAUUUACAUAAGAAAAAAUAAAAAUAAAUCAACACGUCGACAUGGUUUCCAUUCGCCUUUUCCUGGCACUUGCUGUUAUUGUAGUAGUCUUCGUUAUCAGUGCAGAGACUGCCUACAAAAAGCCACCCUUUAACGGUAGCAUAUUCGGCAAACGAUCUAACACUAUAACUGAUUAUGAAGUUACCAGCCGGGCUCUGUCAGCUAUGUGCGAAGUCGCUAGCGAAACUUGUACCGCUUGGCUCUCUCAUCAAGAAUCCAACUGAAGAUGAAAAACCGACCGAGAUUAUUUGCGAUUUCCGCUGACUGAUCAAUAUAUAAAACAAUAUAAUUAAUUAACUAUGAACUUGGUAAAGGAUCUACAAUCAUGCGCUUAAAAAUUCAUUACAUUGUCUUUUAUCAAUAAUCAUUACAUUACAUGCCAUGUCUAAUCGUAAACUUUAUAUCUAAAUAAUAAUAUAUUAUUAUAAUAUAUAAUUUUAUCAUGAUUUAUAAGCUUCCACAAUAUGGUUUUGUUUAUUAAAAGCUACUAAAAUAAAUAAAAUAUUAUGAUUUUAAGGAA